UGGGAGGGACUUCCCGGAGAGGAGGGGGCGGGAAGUGACGCCCCCUGCGCUCCCGGGGACCCGGACGCCCCCAGCCCCCCGUCGGCCUGGCCGGACCGAGGGAGGCACCCGCGUCGCGGGAAGUCCCGAAGUUCUGAUGAGGGAAGCGCGCGAACGCCGUUGCAGGCGGAAGGCUCGGCAGGGGCGAAGGCGGGGAGGUGGGAAGAAACACGCUUGGGGCACAAAUUAGGCGCGAGGUUUCCAGAGCCGGGACCGCAGGGGCCGCACGUGCCAGGCAGGGGAGCUGACACUUUAUCCUGAGGGUGAUGGAGAGGGGCUUCAGGUUGGAUGGACGUAGAUAGUUUCAGCAAAACCCCUUCUGCUGCUCUAGGACUUGGGAUCUUCGACCCUCCUGAGGAGCUGGAGCGGAAGGUGUGGGAGCUGGCGCAGCUGGUGUGGCAGUCCUCCAACGUGGUGUUCCACACAGGUGCCGGCAUCAGCACCGCCUCGGGCAUCCCUGACUUCAGGGGCCCCCAUGGUGUCUGGACAAUGGAGGAACGGGGCCUGGCCCCCAAAUUCGAUACCACCUUCGAGAGUGCGCGGCCCACGCAGACCCACAUGGCGCUGGUGCAGCUGGAGCGCGUGGGCCUCCUCCGCUUCCUGGUCAGCCAGAACGUGGACGGGCUGCACGUGCGCUCCGGCUUCCCCAGGGACAAGCUGGCAGAGCUCCACGGAAACAUGUUUGUAGAGGAGUGUGUCAAGUGCAAGACGCAGUACGUCCGGGACACUGUCGUGGGCAGCAUGGGCCUCAAGGCUACAGGCCGGCUCUGCACUGUGGCCAAGGCGAGGGGGCUGCGGGCCUGCAGGGGGGAGCUGCGAGAUACCAUCCUGGACUGGGAGGACGCCCUGCCUGACCGGGACCUCACUCUCGCUGACGAGGCCAGCAGGAACGCAGACCUGUCCAUCACGCUGGGCACCUCGCUGCAAAUCCGGCCCAGCGGAAACCUGCCCCUUGCCACCAAGCGCCGAGGAGGCCGACUGGUCAUUGUCAACCUUCAGCCCACGAAGCACGACCGCCACGCUGACCUGCGUAUCCAUGGCUACGUGGACGAGGUCAUGACCAGGCUUAUGAAGCACCUGGGCCUGGAGAUCCCUGCCUGGGACGGCCCCCACGUACUGGAGAGGGCGCUGCCCCCCCUGCCCCGCCCUCCCGCUCCCAAGCUGGAGCCCAAGGAGGAGGCCCCCACCCAGCUCAAUGGCCCAGCACCUGCCAGCCCCAAGCCGGAGCCCUCCACGGAGUCCUGCACCCAGCACAAUGGCUCUGGGCCGGCCAGCCCCAAGAGGGAACGGUUGGACAGUCCUGUGCCGCACAGGCCUCCCAAAAGGGUGAAGGCUGAGGUGGCCCCCAGCUGACUAGGGGGCCUGGGGAGGGUGGGGCUUUUUGUAGAAACCGUGGAUUCAUCUUUUCUUACUGGUCUCACUUUGUCACUCAUACCUGCCCAUGGGGGUGGGAGGGCGACCUCAGGGUGCUGAUUGCUGGGAUCCAGACCCCAGGCCAGGCUCACCCUCCACUGCCUCUCUCUCUAGCUCUGGGGGCCUCUGGGGUGGGCCUGAGGAGGAGCAUUUUCGCCCUGGACAUGACCUUGGAUCUGACACCUGAGGCACUUGCUAGUCUAGGGUCAGGCCCAGCCCCUGACUCAGGAUGUUCUGGGGAGGUGUGGCCAGGCCCUCCCUAGUUCUGGCAACAAGAGUUAACUCUCUCUGGCCCUGGGCCCUCACUCCCCAUCCCCUGCCUCCCCCAAAUGACCUUCACCAUCCCUCCAGGAGGUAAGGGUGGGCAGAGCCACCGUUCAGGAGCCAGAUUUCAUGGUGGCGUGGACAGUAGGGGUUUGCCUUGCCUUUGGGGCUAGAGGGAGAAAGGUGUGUGUACCCAGCUGCCUCCGGACUUCCAAAGAAGUCUUCAAUGCAAUAAACAGCAAUUCUUGCAUCUGA